AUGUUCCACUUCGUCAAGUUACUGAUCCUAGCAGCUCUAGCAGGCAAGGGAAAUGCCUUAGCCUUUACCAAUCCCAUCAUUACAGGCGUCAAUGCUGACCCAUCGGCUAUUCGUGUCGGCGAUGACUACUUUCUAGUCUCGUCAAGUUUUGAGUACUUCCCUGGCAUUCCCGUGUAUCACUCUACAAAUCUUGUAGAUUGGACCCUCAUUGGUCAUGGCUUGAAUGAGAACAACAAGAUUCAAGAUCGUCAGUUAUUGACUACCGGAGGAAUCUUCGCUCCUACGAUUCGCCAUCAUAACGGCACUUUCUACAUCAUCACGACUUAUGCAGACAGUAUUGAUCCUGAUCUCUUCUGGGAUCACGAUGGCACUGUGUACCUGAGCACUGGCUAUCCGGAAUUCGGGCCCGAAGGUGGAAACAGCACAAUCUAUCAAUCCAAGUUGGAUCUGACGACUGGUGGUACGGAAGUGCUGCAUCGUCAAACCAUCCAUCGCGGCCCUUCGCCAUCUGGACCAUGGGAAGCAAGUCCUUUGGGUCCCAUGGUUUUCAACAGUCGUGAUCCUUCGGCUCCUAUCCAGCAGACUGGCCACGCAGAUCUUGUUCAGCGUCCAGAUGGUAAAUGGUAUACUGUCUUCCUCGCUAAUCGCCCCCAGCUGCCACAAAACAUCAAUGGUACCUAUCAACUUGGCCGUGAGACAUUCUUGAGCCCUGUUACCUGGAGUCAGGGUGGCUGGCCAUUGGCAAAUGAUGGCAAGCUCAUCACUUUCGACAUGCAGGAUCCAGAUUUGCCCUCACAGUCCAAUGCCAGCAAGACCUUGCGCGACGACUUCUCAGGACUUUCUUUGCAGCUUGGCUGGGAGUUUAGGGGUACGCCUUCGAGACGCUGGUGGCGAGUAGAGGAUAACUCUUUGGUGCUCAGAGGCACGACAGCCACUUUGUCUGCUCUAGAUGGUAUGGCUUUGGUGCUCAGGAAGCAAGAUGCGCUAUUCUACACUUUCGGCGUAGACAUGACGUUCAAUCCUACACUGCCGACCCAUGAGGCCGGUAUCGUCGCGUGGGUCAACGAUCAUUAUCACAACACUGUUUCCGUGGUCUUGUGUCAAGAUGAAUCCAACUCCACUUGCCUAAAGACCAUGACGACUGUUGGCGACAGACUAGGCGAUGACGAUGGCAAUACCACGACAGUCUAUUAUCCUCUGCCUUCUUCUCAGUCUGGCAACAGUAGUCAGCUUGUGAAUGGUACGACUGUGCGUCUGAGCAUCCGCACAACGCCAGAGACUUAUCAGCUUGGCUACUCUUUGCCGUCGGAUAAUGCUACCACAUGGCUUACUGCUUACACGGCUUCGUGGAUGGCUCCUCACUACGAAGGACGUAUUUCCUGGCAGGGCGCAAGGGUGGGCAUGUAUGCGACAGGUAAUGGCGUGACCAUGCUGCAAGAAGCGAUCUUCAAAAACGUGGAAGUUGUGAGAGGACCCUACUAG